CGCGUCCCCAAAUGUUGUUCUGAUCUUCUCAACGAACAUUGUUUUGAGUAUAUUCUUUUACUUGUAAUAUUUCAAUGAGAAGAUCUCAAUAUAGUUUGGUCCUCGAUGUCUACAGCCCCUCCUUAUGAUUAUCAGCCGCUUAGGGGGGAUCAAUGCAUUCGGCUGCUCUUUCUGAUGCCUGGCGAGCUGGAAGACCCGCUGGUCAUUCAUCUUCUUUCUGUUCCGCUUCGAGAGGCGCCUUCCUUCGAAGCUCUAUCAUAUACAUGGGGAACUCCUGAGGAUACAUUGGACAUUUCUUGCGGUCCCCGUGGUGGCAUAGUUUCAAUUCGUCCCAACUUGAGAGAUGCCCUGCAGUACCUCCGCCUUCCUCAUGAUAUUAAAAAGCUUUGGGUAGAUGCACUUUGCAUAAAUCAAGAGGAUAUUGAGGAGCGGAGUAGCCAAGUUGCCAUGAUGGCGAGCAUUUACUGGCAUGCUUCCCAGGUUGUUGUGUGGUUGGGUCUCGACGACGAAUGUGUCCCAGCGUCCGACGUCUUCGACCUGAUACGCACCACAUCUGACCACGCUUGGAAUCUACACAAGGAACAUGGAAGCUUUGGCGAAAUUCCGUAUUUCCAUCAGACUGAUUUGGAGCAAUUGGACGAGGACAGAUGGAACAAUCUCGCUACCUUUUUCAAUACUCGCCAGUGGUUCCAACGUGGAUGGGUUAUCCAAGAGCUUGGACUUGCCUACAACGCGCGUUUCCUGUGUAGCCAGGAAGAACUGUCUUUCGUGGACUAUCUGCCUUUUGUAAGGUGGCUCGUGACCAAAGCUUCGAUCAUUCUCGAACGAUUCGAUUUCAGUCUCGAGUCGCAGUACCUAACUGUUGGCUUCUGGUUGUCCACACGUACUCCUGAAGGCAUAGCCCAUAUGUCGUUCCGAGAAGUGCUUCGAUUGACCUGUUCGAUUCAGUGUUCCCAGCCCCAUGAUUACGUCUACGCCUUUCUCGGCCAUCCUUCGGCGUACGAGGCAUAUCCAGGGGACACAGAGCCAUUUGAGAAAUACGAAGAGACAUUGGCUGGCAAGAACAGACGUUGUAUUGCGAUACCAGAUUACACGAAGCCAGCAGAAAGAGUGUUUGCCCAGGUAGUACGGGACAUCAUUCUCCACGACUGUGACCUGAAGAUGUUAUCUCAUGUGUUCCAUUCAGAACAGACGAUACAAGACUGCUACGCCUCCUGGACACCAAGGUGGCACUCAAUCCCCGAAAAAUUCGCCUUGGGGCUUCGGUCUCGAUAUAAAGCGAGUAAUGAUUCAGUACUUACGUUGCACUUUGAAAAUGAUCAUAUGAUACUUCUGGGACAUCCCAUCGACGUGGUGGCGUAUAAAAUUCUCGUAACAGUUGACGUAGAGGAUAUGGUACUUGUUAUCAACGGAAGUCGUGGGAGUCCGAUGCGAGACGGGUUAGAAUCCCUCUGGAAUACAGUUCGUUUUCGUAACUGGCAGAACAAGUCGAACCAAAAGCUGGGAAGAAUAGAUUUCCUGCAUGCACUUACUGCAGGUUACCUUGAUUCAGAGUCUGUUGACGAUUCUGAAAUUGCAGAAAGGUUCAAGAGAAGUGUAGCCGCGUACCAACUGCUACACAUUGGUAAACGGGAGAGACCUUUGAGUGACGAGGAAACAAAAGAUCUAGAGAGACGUGCAGAAGGAGGUGUAGUGGAAGAUUUUCUCCUUGCUAUCUCUCUCAUUAUGGAGCAUCAUACCUUUGUUGUGACAAGAUCGGGUCGUGUUGGUUGGUGCCCUUUGCUCACCAAACCAGGAGAUGAGUUAGUCCUUGUGGCGGGAGGCAAUGUCCCACUGACACUUCGUAAAAGCCGAACUGGAAAUCACAGAUUGGUAGGGGAAAGCUAUAUUCAAGGGGCGAUGAAAGGGGAAGCCUUUGAUGAGGAGAAGCUAGCAGAAGUUGUAAUAUGCUGAGUGCUGGUUUUGUUGUGUGAAUGGGCCCAGCCAAUCACUUUUGAUAGAUGUUGUCAGUGCUGAUGGAGUGGUAGUAUAAAUUUCUUGCGUUUUGGGCAGCCAUGUUGAGCUCUGAGAAGCACAGUGCCCUGGUCAUCCCACAAAUUUGACUACAACAUGCCCUGUAGGUUUCGUAGCCCAAGCUUUCUACUUUUGCCUGAUUAAGUGUCAUAGCGCAAUGUUCACACUGGGAGCUCGUAUCA